UUCAUUACAGAUUUCAUGGGCAGAUGCAAACUGCUACAUUGCGUUAGACCAAUGGGGCUAAGGGCAUGUCCUUGGUGCAAAUUACAAGGAUUCAAAUGCAGGUGCCUUGGGAAAACAGUCUUAUCUGGAAAUCGGAGAUUUUUGGGGACAGCACAUCCUUUGCGAUCUCAAGAGGAGCUGUUCCCAACCACUGAGUGCAAUCCAAGAUGUGGGAUGAUUGCAAUGCUGUCAGAAUCCAGAGAGCAUCCUGGAAACACUACCUAUGAAGAGAGGGUAUUCCAAAGGGCUAAAUAUCAAAAUGCACCCACGAAACUUGAAAGGGCACAGUUAGCCAAAGAAGAAGGAGUAUUUGGUCCAUAUCCAAUGCAGUCUCUGCCAUAUCACAAUGAGGUCAGACAAUCGCACCCAGAUGGUAUGCAUGUCAUCAAACAGUCAUUCUCCCAUCUCAAGGACUUCCUGUGUGAUUCAAAGAAGGUUAUUAGUUCUUGGCAGAUGGCAGACCAUGUCCACCGGGUAAUUCCACCUCAAAGGUUUGCUCUUACAGAAAGGGAGCUUAAGGAGGCAAAUCUAAGAGCAACUGGUGUCAUUGCUCCAGUGGGGUCGAGUUUCAAUGCUGGACCAGUCUUCUCCCAGAAUCUGCCCAACACAUCGGCUAUCCAUGAGUUUCAGAUUUCUGGGGUUUUCCAAUGGUGCCCGAAAGGAAUGCUUGAGCAACAACAGCGGCGUAGCCUUUUCAUGUGGCUGAAAGCGAUUCAGUGUUGCUAUGCUGAAUCAUUUACUGAAGUGGACCUCGAGAAUCUUGAUGAAAUUGUACCUUUAGCUUGUGCCCUCAUGGAGAGGGAUUGGCCUCUUUCAUUUCAGAACAUCACGACCCACCUCCUACUACACCUGCCCCAAUCAGUAAGAGAGAAUGGACCUCUUGUGUCUACAUGGAUGUUUCCAUUUGAGAGAGCUAACAGCUGGGUUGUGAGGCGUGCACUCAAUAAGUGUGACAUGGCGAGUACAAUAAUGCGGACUUACCAGGUCCUGGACUUUACAUUGUUUGCCUACAGUUCAGAAACAGUCCAUAAUGAGGAUCAUCAUGGACUAUCCCUGAAUACCCAGACCUGGACAAAACAACAUCCAAGUCCAAAUCAGUUAAUGCUCUUGACCAAAUUUCUGCCAGACAGCAAUGAGAAGAUGGAAAUCAUGGUGUGCCACAAGACCUUCCGAGUGCAGAAGAAGGGCCGCAAUCAGCCUCUACUGUUCUCUGCAGCACGGCACAAGGCCAAAUAUAAUAAGAAAUCUUGCUAUGUGCAGGUUUCAGAGGCAACAUUUGGUGAAAUUCAGUAUUUUGUAGCACACACAAAUAACACAUUUGCUGUGGUAGACAUUUUCCCAACUCCAGAAAUUGAUGAAGAAGUACACAUGUACUUCUGCAAAAGGGAAAAGGUGGGACAGGAUUUUAUCCAAAUGUCAUCAUUGUCAGCACCUUUGUUCGUAGCAUUUGAGGAUGACAAAAUUUAUUUCCUGAAUGUGCCUGUCCCUGGGAAGCCACAGUGGCUGGAGUCACAUGUCUGUAAAUAGGUUAACUGUCUAAUGUUUCGAAAAUAUAAGUACAGUAUGCAGUCAAAUAUGUGCUCAUUUUCAAUUUUGUCAUGUUUGAAUUUGUUACUGCUUUGUAUAUAUUACUGUCAUGACCUGCUCGUACGAUCCUCGUGUGUGCCACGCCCCCUCAUUAACCACUUGUACUGCCCCGAUUGUGAUCACCUGUUUCCUGUUAUUUCGGCUUAUCUUGUGUAUUUCAGUCUGCGUUCAAGUCUGUUUCCCCAGGUCUGUCAUUGACGUUUGUCUUGUGCUGCUCCACGUUCUAUAAAUAAAAGCUCGUUUUUGGA